AUGUUACCAAAAUAUCUUCUAUUUGUUUUCAGAAAUAUGGAAGCCCCAAUGGACAUCCACAAAGACGCUAUCCAUAGCAUCGAAACAGACUUUAGCCAAAAAAGGAUACUCACAUCCUGCUCCGAUGGAAUGGUUCGUAUAUUUUCCAAGGGUACGGCAGAAUCACCCCAUGACCUGGCUUUAGAAUUGGAAUUGAAUGGAAACUCUGGGCCAGCGACAAAGGCCAUUUUUCUCAACCAGGGCGAGUUCAUUGCAUCAUCAUAUUUCAAUGGUAAGGUCAUUAUUUGGAAAUACGAGGGUGGAAGAUUCAAUAAGAAAUAUGAGAAGCAACUCCUCAAUGGAUCUGUAAACGACAUCGCUGGGAGAUGGGAUGGGGACUCAUUUACUUUAUUCUGUGGGUGUUCCGAUGGAAAUGUUAGGAUCCUAACUGUAGACUCUUCUUUUUCUGCGACGGAAUCGGAGGUUUUCUGCCAUCGGUUUGGAGUUUCGUCUGUCAGUGCCAUGGAAAAUGGAUUUGUAAGUGGAGGAAUGGACUACUCUGUUGCUGUAUGGGAAGGGAAUGAAGAGGUCGCAAGGUUUAGAGACCAUAAGGGAUUUGUGAGGAAUGUUGCAGUUUGUCCAACAAACUCUUUCAAGCUGCUUUGCAUAGCUACCUGUUCUGAGGAUGGAAGUGUGAUCAUCUACACUAGAAAAGGAUCGGAGUACAAGUCGCAGAAAAUUAUUCUAGAGGAGCCAUGCUAUAGCCUUUCCUGGAGUUUUUCAGGAUUCAGCCUUAGUGUUGGAUACGGGAGUUCCAAGUUCAAGUGCUUUGUUCCUGACAGUAAUGGGGAAUUCAAAGAAGUGAAACUUAAGAAGGUUGAGAGCUGA